AUGGGCAAGUCUUCAGCAGCGGGGGUUGACAACACAGCGCGCCGCGUGUGGGACAAGGAGGAGUAUGCAGAGAAAGCCGACAAGAGGGAGAAGGAGGCGCAGGAGGCGGAGGAGACCGCACUGGACAUCAAGAAGCGCAAGCGGCUGGAGCGCGACCCUCUGCACCAGGGUCUGAUCGUGGAGCGGUCGACCCUGAAGAUGCGCGAGUACCAACUCGACCUCACGUCGCGCAUCGGCAAAGCCCAGGUCAUCGGCCUCAACACCCCCCUCAGCCAGCAGGCGGGCUACUACUGCAGCGUGUGCGACUGCGUGCUGCGGGACAGCCAGUCGUACCUCGACCACAUUAACGGCAAGUACCACAACCGGGCGCUGGGCAUGAGCAUGACGGUUGAAAAGAGCACCGUCGAGCAGGUGAAGAACCGUUUGAAGAUGCACAAGGAGACUGCGUCCGCCUCCAACCCCGAGGACUACCUGCCUGACGGCAUCGACCGCCGCCUUGCAGAGGCUGAGGCGGCCGCGGAGCGCGAGCGGCAGGAGCGGAAGCGGGCCAAGAAGGAGGCCAAGCGGGGGGCCGAGGGCGAGGGCGAGGAGGGGGGUGGCAUGGACCCCGACAUGAUGGCGAUGAUGGGGUUUGGGGGGUUCGGCUCCAGCAAAAAGUAG